ACUGAUCUGAAGGGAUCCACUUCUUCCACUUCUGCUCUAUUUCACAAUCAGCUAAAUGAACUGUCUUCUUUUCAUGUCAGCUUCUACUUCUACUCCAAUGCAUUUCAGAGGGAAGCCGGUUAAUUAACAAUCACUAUGUUUAUGAUCAGCGGAGACUCUGUGCAUAAUUAGCCGUAGCGGACGUUGUGCACAGUUAGCGACGGUGAAAACCAUACGUCACCUCCAGAGUCUCUAAAUCCCUCUGGGGGCUAACUUGUCCCAUCGUGGAAAACACCCUCUCCUCUGUUUGUUUCUUCUUCUACAGCUUGGCAUCUAGCCGCCACACUGAAUCAUUAAAUGCUACGCUGCCCCCCUGCGGAAGGCACCAGUAAUACAACUUUUUUUCCUCAGGCAUUGUGAUUUCCUUUAUUUGUUAAAGAAAAAUACUGCUGUGUUAUUGUUUUCCAAUAAAAUAAGAUUUAAACAUUGAAGGUGUAUGCUGUGAGUUAUAAAAAAAAUUGGUAUCGGCUAAAAUCGGAAUCGGCAGGUCAGGCUUUUUAAAAAUCGGUGAUAGGCCAGAAAAUUGCAAUCGGUACACCCCUAAUAGAUAGUGUAAUCUUGUUUAAAGCUCUGUUUUAUGACUUCCUGACCCCCAUCUCACCACGGUGACAAUUCUCUCUAAGAGAUGCCUUUGUAAAGAUACACCACUUGGCGACCCCCCAUUUCAUGCUUCCAGCUCACAUGGAUCUGUGAACAAUUCCUACUAGGGCACAGAUAUCACGCCUCGCGGGAUCACUAUGAACGCCCUAAGACGAAAACGAUCUUUCAUGUGAUAUAGCAGGACAUUUGCGGGACAGCACUAUGAAAGGGGCUACAGAGGUGUAAAAUGGAACUGUUGGAAGCGGGACCACUACGAAAGGGCCAUCCCAGCAAGGCAGAAUGUACACCUCCCACUUGGUCUGACUGUCAUCGAAUCCAUGUUCAGCAGCACAAUGACUGUGCACAGCGUCUGCCGCUUAUUGUAAACAAACCAGCAUGCUUACUGUACACAAAGUGUCCAUGUCAUGAUCCGCUCCUGGUUUUUCUUCCUAUUGCCAGCUCUGCUAGUACUUUUCCACAUACCUGCCAGACACUCCCACCUCAUCAGUGCAACCAUCUUCACAUGUGUUCCCUCACCUAAUUUAAACCCACUCUUUCCACUCACUCUCUGCCCGAUUGUCUUCAGCAGCAUGCUAAACUCUUGCGCAUUUAUCUUUGGAUUACUUACCUGAUUUCGACCCUGCCUGUCCCUGACCCUUCCUCGCCAUCCCGCCCAGGUGAUGGCUGUAGCAGUGACCAGGGACCUGACAUUGCAGGUACAGGAGGAUGUGAAUGCUGUCAAGCUGACUGACAGACAGCAGGCUCUGCGUGCUGCCAUCCAGAAAGGAGAGCCCAAAUGUCUGGGGGUGAGUCAGGUGAUGCUGGGGCUGCUGGUCAUGUCUUACUCCAUUCCUCUACACUUCUAUGAGGCCACUGAGGUGGUCCGCCUGGGAGUUCCUUGGUGGAGCGGCCUGACAUUCAUAACAGCAGGAACUGUCGCUAUCAUCUUGGACAAACACAGCACCAUCAAGAUUCUGCAGGUGUGUUUGAUCGCGAGUAUUGUGUCCGCUGUGCUAUCAGUGGUGGCUUUGAUCAUCUACUCUAUAGACAUCGACAAACAUCCUGGGGUUCCUUGUUCCAAGACAGUGCAUGGCAACUGUUUUCAUAAAUACUAUGCCACGCACCUGAGCAGAGGUUUGAAGUCUUCCCUUCUCGUCUUCACCCUGGCCCAGGCAGUCAUCUCUGCCGUUGUCUGCUUUCUUCUCUUCAGGCAGAGACGCAGCUUUGGACAAUAUGCUUCUCUCAUGGAAGCCCCCUCUCCAGCUCUCAUACCCCCUGAACUGAACUGAUCAGUCAUUGGACCCGUAGUCAUUGAGGAGAUGGACCACUUUUUAUUAAGACCUCUUUCACAGAGAUGACUGAUACAUGUUCUAUGUGUUUUGACUUUGUCUUUCUGCUUUGAUUCUGAAAAAGUAAUCUGAGAACCGCCACCACUCUGAAUAAUGUAUGGGCAGUGUACCACUAUGUGUGACCACAAUCUUCUUGAUAUCUAUUUUUACUGUGCAAAUUCUGUUUUUUAAUUGGCCGCAGGUCCAAACUGCUGAUGUGCUUUGUGGUUUCAUGAUGGCACCAGAGAUUGAGGGAAGAUGGAACAAAAUACACAUGAAUAGACACACUGUAAAAAAGGUGUGUCUAAAAACAAGAUAAAAACACUAAAUCUGAGGGAAAUGAUCUUACUGCAUGGACAGGUAAUUUCACUUGACAAGAUUUCUUAAAUUAAAAUUGUUAAAUCUAGAAAUAAGCAUGUUGUACGCUUAAAAUAAGAAAUUAACUCUUAAAACAAGAUGAAUUAAAGCUGCAAGCAGCGAUGAACUGAAGUUAGAAAUGUUAUAGUUUAUCUUGUUUUAAGAGUGAAGUGAAAUUAUCUGUCCAUGCAGCAAGAUCAUUUCCCUCAGAUUUAGUGUUUUUAUCUUUUUUUUUUACACCUUUUUUGCAGUGCAAAGAGUUUGUUUCCUCCUGUGGUAAAACACUUGGUAAGACACCUUUGUGGCCAUGAAAUAUGAUAAUGUAUCCUGAUGUAGCACUCUGUAGCAUACAGUGCAGUCAUGUGUGUAGGGAGUAGGGGGCAUUUCUGUGGCUGCUGACUUACAGUGCACGUGGGGCACACAUGGAGACAGAGCAGGAGCAAUUCAAUUUCCAAUUCAAUUUUUCUAUUUCAUUUAUGGAGCGCAGAAUCGCAAAUUUGCAUCAGAUAGUUGUACUGAGUGUACAGGGUACGACACCCUCUGUCCUUUGACCCUCACAGAAAAGGGACGAACCUCCCAAAGCCUUCCAACUUUCCAGAUUAUUCUGUUUCAUAAUUACAAAACGUUUUCUUGUUUUUUUGCUCAUUUUUGUAGAGAUCUUUGUAUCACAAAAAAUAUGCAUUAUUGUGUGUAAAAUUUUGGUAUUAAAUAUAUUAUAUUGCUUAGUUUAAACCGACCUUCACUGUUGUUAAACUGAAGAAUUCACUGUUUGUUUCAAGCUGUCCCCAGGUUGGUCUAAACAGGGCUUGUGUCUAUGUUAUCAAUGUUAUUCUAAACAUCUUUCUCUGUCUGAGAAAUGCUUUUGCAUUAAAUACAAUACCAGAAAAAAGGUGCUCAGACUAACUCUUGCAUCACAGACUGUUGUUGAUGGAAUGGUUAAUUCUCCUUGUACAAGUUAAUAAUACACUGUAAGCCAUUGGAGUAUGAUAGCUUUGAUUUUCUCCGAGUCAAGCAUCUGCAAUUUACAAUCAAUCUACAAUCAUGUGCACUGUUUUUGUUUACAGUGUUAUAGAAUAAAUGUUCCUUAUUUUGUACUUACUCUUUGAUGUAGUUUUGUUUAUUUUAAACAAAAUAAAACUGUAUGUACUAACAUAUGAAUUAAACCUGUGGCCCAGUGAGAUGCAUUUUGUGAA